UAAACAAAUUGCCAGGUGAUGGCAGACAUGAGUUUUGUUUUAUAACUUGGUAAAGUUUUUCUGUUUUGUUAAUAAAUUUAAAUAAAGUUUUAUUCUAUUAUUUAUUAUUAAUUAUGUUUUCUAAUGAAAUUACUUGUAUAUUUAAAGUCCUUGAGAAGCAAAUUGUUUACUCCGGUGAUUGUGACAGUGACAAUGGUUGUGUCUUUUUCUCUCUUGCCAGUCUGGAAAAAUUUCAUCUUCACACAAAUGAUUGGGUUAACCUAAAACUAGUUGAUAACGUUGUUCAUUUAGCAACUGUUGUUUCAGUUGAAAACGAUUUAGAUGAUGACUGUGCGUAUAUAUCGCCAAUUCUUUAUUUCAACCUCAUUGGACGUGAUAAACAUGUUGACUCUGUCUCAAUGAGUGCUUCUACUCAGUUAACUAUUUUUCCUGUUGCGGACAUAGAAGUAGCCAAUGAAAUUAAUCUGUCGUUAGUGACCAGUCCUGAUUAUCCUCAUUUGAGUGAUCUUUUUCAUUUGUAUGAAAAUUUAGUUCACGAUUACUUCAGUAAACAACGGAUACUCAAACAGAAUGACAUAUUAGCUAUUUCUAGUCUUGAUAAUCCUGAUUUUUACCGACUCUAUGAUGAUCCUGUUUCGAUUCAUUGGCCGGUCAUUUAUUUUUCUGUUCAAAAAAUUGACGGAACCGCAAAACAUUGCGUCAAAACUAGACCACAAAAAACUCAAAUUUACAUUUUUGGUAUAGUACACUCUCCCAUACCUUAUGCUGCAAAUUUAUACUUCUCAGACAAACCUAAUCUACCAAUUCCGGAACGAUAUUGUGAUAAAUUAACGAAGCUUGUUCAUCCCUACUUAUAUCAACUUAAAAGACGGAUUGGAGCAAUUCUCGUUUCUGGACCCACUGGUUGUGGUAAACUAUUAACUACCCGCAAAGUAGCUUCACGUUUGAAUCUCAAUCUUUUCGUUCUUGAGUGUUAUGAUCUUCUUGCGGAUACCUCUGUUGCUACAGCUAAAGCAUUUGAAACUCAAUUAUCUAAAAUUAAAAGCUAUGCUCCUUGCAUUGUCUUCCUGAGAUCAAUUGAUCUACUUUGCCUGGACAAAGAAGACGUUCGAGUGGAAGAUGUGAUGAAAAAUUUUCUUGUUUCAUGUCAACGCGAUCGACCAAAUGGUGAACAUGGAAUAAUCUUGAUUGCCUCAACGUCAAAACCGGUUAAUGAUACUUUAAACAAAUUUGGUUUCCUUUUUACUGUCAAUAAUCAUUUAUCCAUUGAAACUUUAAAGGAGACUGAAAGGAGAGAUAUUAUUCAGAUUUUUCUUAAAGACAAUGAUCGUUUAGAUGAUGUAACAAGGCGAGAGAUAAUUGAUACAAUGGCUGCUCAAACAAAUGGCUUCUUGUAUGGUGAUCUUAUGACUGUUUGCAUCAAGCUAAAUAAUUUAGAUGAAGUCAAAAUGAAAGAAAUUUGUCCAGCUGUGAUCAAAGAGCACAGUAGGAAAUAUGCACGCUCUCUGGGAGCUCCAACAAUUCCAAAUGUAUCCUGGUCUGAUAUCGGUGGACUUGAAGAAGCCAAAAAAGAAGUUAUCGAUUGCAUUCAACGACCAACUGAUUAUCCUCAACUUCAACAAAGAGGCCUUCGACGGUGCGGUUUCCUUCUUUAUGGUCCUCCAGGAACCGGUAAAACUUUGCUAGCUAAAGCAGUUGCCUCACAAUUUUCAUACAACUUCCUCAGUGUUAAAGGACCUGAAUUAAUCAGUGCUUAUGUUGGGCAAAGUGAAGAAAAUAUAAGAAAUAUCUUUCAAAGAGCAAUCAAGGCUCGACCGAGUAUUGUAUUUUUCGACGAGCUUGAUUCAUUAGCACCUAAAAGAGGCAAAUUUGGUGAUUCAGGUGGUGUUAUGGAUAGGAUAGUAUCUCAAUUAGCUUGUGAAAUGGAUAUUAUUGCGAAUUAUCCCAAUAUAUUUGUCUUUGGAGCUACUAAUAGACCUGAUCUAUUGGAUUCUGGAUUGCUUCGUCCUGGUCGAUUUGAGCGUUGGGUCUAUGUUGGACCACCUUGCUCUUUAGAGGAAAGAAUCAGUGUACUAUCAGCUUUAACGCACAGAUUCAAUUUGGCUGAUGGACUUGAGUUAACUACUAUUGAAGAAAGAUUACCACAGUAUUUAACUGGAGCCGAUUUUUACUCCAUUUGCUCAUCUGCUAUGAUGACUGCCCUGCAAAGAGUAGUCAAGGAGAUCGAAAAUGGCGAAAAAGAUGAAAGAACUGCCCAAAUUGAUAUUAAUCAAGACGAUUUUGAUACUGCAUUGAAAUACUUUACCCCGUCUGUGAAGAAGGAAGAACUAGAAAACUAUCAAGCAAUCAGGGCAAGGAUGGAAAGAGACUGAUUUACACUGAAUUUAAAUUUAUUUCAACUUUUAGUACUUAAUUUUUUUAUUCGUUUGCUUUUACAAUCGUAAAAGUUUACAUGAACAAAAAUUAUGUAAAUUAAUCACGAACAAUCAUGUACUACCUAUGUAAUAAUUAUUAUGCAGCUAAGAAAAUUUAAUCUAAUUUAACGGAAGCAGCCUAUUACAAUGGAAUCACGGUGAAAUUUUACGAUUAGUUGAUUUACCUAUCAACAGAUGGUAUAUCGGUUCCUUAGUUCGUUUACCGCUACGCCAGAAGGAGCCAAAUUCCAGAAGCAAAGUUUGUUUGUUUCAAACUUUCAUUUUCAAGAAAAUCUUACUUUUGUAAUAAAAUUGAAUUGAUAAUUGUUU